CAAGUGUGUCGGCAGAAAUGGGUGGUUAGCUAUUGGGUGUAUCUAAUAGAAUUUGUUUCCCAGAAACUAAAAAAGCGGUUAAAUUUUCUCAGCGGUUAAAUUUUCUCGGAAAGUUUUGUUACAACAAAGAUGAUAAAGAGAAGACUGAAUUUCAACGGAAGAACUGCGGGAAAUGCGGCGGCGAAGACUUCAUCAGUUUCUAAAGACGAAGAGGUGGAAUGGGAGAUGAGACCCGGCGGAAUGUUGGUGCAGAAAAGAAGUGAUAAUUCCGGAGUUUCUGCUCCCAAUGUUCGUGUUCGGGUGGCUUAUGGUGCAGUGCGGUUCGAGAUCUCGGUGAACUCUCGGGCAACUUUUGGUGAAUUGAAGAAGCUUCUGACGGGGGAGACAGGGUUAGAACCUGUUGAACAGAGACUAAUUUUCAGAGGAAAAGAAAGAGAAAAUGGGGAGUAUUUGGAUAUGUGGGGAGUCAAAGAGAGAUCAAAAGUCAUACUAAUCGAGGACCCAGAGAGCAGAGAGAGGAGACUCAUUGAGAUGCGUAGGAAAGUUAAGAUCCAAACCGCACAUCGCCUGAUCAAUGACCUGUCCAUGGAGCUUGAUAAGCUUGCCGAGCAGGUUUCUGCUAUUGAAAAGUCUAUUGGAAAUGGUAACAAAGUACCAGAAGUACAGAUCACCACAUUGAUUGAGAUGUUAAUGAGACAAGCCGUGAAGAUAGAUAGCAUUUCUGCAGAAGGAGAUGCAUGUGCUCGGAAAAAAUUACAGGCCAAGAGAGUGCAGAAGUGCGUCGAAACCCUAGAUGUGAUAAAGUUAUCGAAUGCUAAAGUAAAGCCGGUUAUUGUUGCAACCAAAUGGGAAACAUUUGAUCCUCCUCCCACUACAGCUCACUGGGAAUUUUUUGAUUAAUCCACUCCUUUUCAUGUUACUAGUAUAUACAUAUGUGUUUUACCUCGAGAUUUCACUCGGGAUAUACAUAAGGGAUCUAUCCUACUUGUACUUAUAUCCCAUCCUCCAUGUACUUACAAAUAAUCAUUUUUCACCGUCAACAGAUAAUCCAAGUUUUGUAUUUUGAAUUCCCGACCCCCUUCCAUCUUUUUAAGAUAUCAAGUUUGCCCUUGGUCGGUUGUGCUGCAACGAUGAUACACG